UCCAAAGGUCAGAACCACAAUCCCAAUUCGAAUAAUGUGUUGUGGACACCAUGACAACUUCUUCCUCCAAGAACAACAACAAUGAUCAUGCCGCGAGCGCUGCCAGGAGAAAACAUCUGAAAGAAGUAGAAGCCGAAAGUGGCAAGGCGCUACUUCAUGUACUGGAUUCGUACCCGAUUGAAAAGUACUACGCCAUGGCGGAUCGCCUGGUGACGGCCUUUCAACUCGCAUUGGACGAACGACGCCUCGACGAUGCCUACGUCUUUGGUCUUCGCUUUGCCACGUUUUCCCUAGAAGGACUUCCCAAGCACAGCAAUUACCAGCGUCAAAACAAGAUGCAGAAGGUCAAGAACUCUCGACAAGUAGACCAAGUCCUCCAAAAGAUGGAACUUGUCGCCACCCGCAUGGACGCCGAAGAACGACUCAAGGAAAAAUUGCGCCGACAAGCCCAAGAAAGAAAACAACGAGAAGAUCAAGCUCGCAAACAAGAAGAAGAUCGAAAACGACAAGCAGAACUUUCCAAGAAGCAACGUCAUGCCGAUAUUCUACGCCAACAGCGAGAAGAACUCGUGGCACAGAGAUUCAUGGAGAAACUCCAAAAACAAAAGGAGGGAAAACAAAAAUUGGAACAACGGGCUCUUGAAAAGUUGAAACUUUUGAACACAAAAACCAAACCAUCGCAACAACAAGAGCAAGAAAGAAAACCUAUCAAGAAAGAACCAAAGGCUCCAUUGCAUCAAGCAUCUGUGGAAGGGUACAAAUAUCAGAAGCCUGGCAACAAAAAUGUGAAGGAAGCACCCCCUCAAGAAAUUACCACUGCGCCGCCAAAGAAAUCAGAGCCUACUAUUAGUGCUCCCAAGAAGUCAGAGCCCAAGAGCACGAAACGAAAAGUCACACCGAAAAAGAAGCCAAAGUUGACAGUCGCUUCUGCUGGUGUGGAGAGCGGCUUGUCUCUUCUGGACUUUCCGCCGGCGCCGACACAAAAGCCCAAAAUGACAAAGACAUCCAAUAGCAAAAGACAAGUCACAUCAUCCAAGAAUAUUGCGCCUGCCCAGAAAAAGACAGAAAAACCAUCAAUCCAAGCAACUGUGUAUAGCUUGGAACAGCAGUCGACAAAGAAGCUCUUGCAGCAGGCACCAAAAAAGACAUCCAGCAGGUCGGUGGCCAGUCAAGGACAGUCCAAUACUCCGAGUACUACAACUAUGGCUACUAGCAAUCAACAGAUGGGCACCCAAACAUCGGAACAAAAGGCCUCGUGGUGGGACACUUCCGCCAAUGCAGAAACGAACUCGCAAAAACCCUGGUGGCAGCGUGGUGUGCCUGCUACUGGGGCAACUCCAGUCAAGGAAGAUUCCGAUUCUACCAAGCCAACAACAACAAACACUGCAGAAACCAACACACCUGAAGGCAAGAGAAAUGCUUCCAGCGCGGUUCCUGGGUCUCACUCGGUUGGAAAGGAGGCAAAAACUCUCAAGAUCAAAUCGACGGCGCCUCUCAAAUCCACAAUGAAGCUCUUUCAAAAGCUUUCGCCAAAGAAAGCCUCCAGCAGCAAAAAGAUCAUGCCAAACAAUCCACUACCACCGCAACCCAAGGAGCCAACUUCGGAAGGAUAUGAAAUCACAAUGGGUUCCACAACGUCGCUACAAGUGGUGGAGACAGAGCGAGACGAAGAACCCUACGUAGAGGGAUCUUAUAGAUCCAAACUCACACCUCAGGAAGCCAAGACAGUGCAACUAUUGGAAGACACGAUUCGACUUCAGCAGGCGCGGCUGGAAAGGUUGGAGGGCAGUAAGGAGCGUGCUUUGCUUCGUCAAGAAGCCAAGAGGAGGCUCAAAAAUGGAGACCGCAAAGGAGCUCUGUAUUGUUUGGCCAAGAAGAAACGUCUUAACCAAACCAUAGACGUUAUCAAGAGCACCGUCUUCAACAUGGAAACACAAAUCAUCAUGUUGGAAUCGGCUGUUGAAUCUCGUGAAGUGGGAAUGAUUAUGAAGGAGGCAUCGGAUGCGGUGUCAUCUGUGCAGAAAGGUGUACGAAUCAGCGACUUUACAGAUGAGAAAGUGGGUGAAGUGUUGGCUGCGGCAGGCCAGGGAGGAAUGAUAGCAGACUUUGACGAAGAGGAGCUUCUAAGCGAGCUGAAGGAGCCAGAUGAAGAAGAAAUGGCAGCAAUGACAGAUGAUGAAUCCUUGCUGUCGCUCCCGACUGUCCCGCAGAGUGAAGUCGAUCCUCUUGACAAGCACGAAACUUCUGCUUCACGUAUCAUCGCGAGCUUGUUCUAAUAUGUAGAGCUAAAAUAUCUGGUAAUGUUUUUGGUUGUUGCAGGUAGCCCUAAUGCUUGCUACUACAAGAUGCAUCUUGGAUCAAGCCGACAUCAGACCCACCACACGGGGAGGUUGGGAUCAAGACCUCCUCUGGAUCUUCUCGGAACAAGGACGC